AUGGUUGAUAAAUUUAUGCAAACUAAGAUGUCUUCUAAACUUGAGAGAGCAUUUUCAGGUCCAGCUUUAAAAAUAUCUAACUUUUUAGAUAAAUUCCCAAAAAUUCAUAAUGUUUAUUUCAUAGCUUGUAUAACAACCAUUGCAGGUUUGAUGUUCGGUUUUGAUAUUUCAUCAAUGUCUGCAUUUAUUGGUUCAGAUCCUUAUGGUAACUAUUUCAAUCAUCCAGGUGCUGAUAUGCAAGGUUUUAUCACUGGUUCAAUGGGUAUUGGUUCAUUCUUCGGUUCAUUAUUAUCAUCAUUUGUUUCAGAACCAUUUGGAAGAAGAUUAUCAUUAUUGUUCUGUUCUUUGUUAUGGAUGAUUGGUGCUGCUAUUCAAUCUUCUUCUCAAAAUGUUGCCCAAUUAAUUUGUGGUAGAAUCAUUUCUGGUUUUGGUAUUGGUUUUGGUUCAGCUGUUGCUCCAAUUUACGGUGCAGAAAUUUCACCAAGAAAUAGAAGAGGUACUGUUAAUGGUUUGUUCCAAUUCGCAGUCACUGUUGGUAUUAUGAUUAUGUUUUACAUUUGUUUCGGUGUUGGCCAAAUUAAUGGUGUUGCAUCUUUCAGAAUUGGUUGGGCUAUUCAAAUUGUUCCAGGUUUAAUUUUAUUCUUUGGUUGUUUCUUUAUUCCAGAAUCACCAAGAUGGUUAGCUAGACAAGGUAGAUGGGAACAAGCCGAAAGAAUUGUUGCUCAAGUUCAAGCUCACGGUAACUCAGAAGACACUGAUGUUCUAAUUGAAAUUGCUGAAAUUAAAGAACAAUUAUUAAUUGAUGAAGCUGCUAGAUCAAUUGGUUAUGCUACUUUAUUCAAAAAGAAAUUUAUUGUCAGAACUUUCACCGCUAUCUUCUCACAAAUUUGGCAACAAUUGACCGGUAUGAACGUCAUGAUGUACUAUAUUGUAUAUAUUUUCCAAAUGGCUGGUUAUUCAGGUAAUGCUAACUUAGUUGCUUCUUCAAUUCAAUAUGUUUUAAAUGUUGUAUGUACUAUUCCAGCAUUAUUAUUAUUUGACAAAAUUGGUAGAAGACCAUUAUUAAUUGGUGGUGCUAUUUCUAUGAUGAUUUGGCAAUUCGGUUUAGCUGGUAUUUUAGGUUCAUACUCAAAACCUUGGGCUGACUCUGGUAAUGAUGCUGUUAACAUUAGAAUCCCAGAAUCAAACAAAGCUGCUUCAAAUGGUGCUAUUGCUUGUUGUUAUUUAUUUGUCUGUUCAUUCGCUUCAACUUGGGGUGUUGGUAUUUGGGUUUACUGUUCUGAAAUUUGGGGUGACAACAGAGUUGCUCAAAGAGGUAAUGCUUUAUCAACUUCUGCUAAUUGGAUUUUAAAUUUUGCAAUUGCUAUGUAUACUCCAUCAGGUUUCAAGAAUAUUACUUGGAAAACAUAUAUUAUCUAUGGGGUCAUGUGUUUAACUAUGGCUAUUCAUGUUUACUUUGGUUUCCCAGAAACUAGAGGUAAAAGAUUAGAAGAAAUUGGUCAAAUGUGGGAUGAAAAAGUACCAGCUUGGAGAUCAGCUUCAUGGCAACCAACCAUUCCAAUUGCUUCAGAUGCUGACUUAGCAAGAAAAUUAAGUCUUGAACAUAAAGAAGAUGCUGAGUAUUCAGAUGAAAAAAUUCAAGAUGUUGAAACUAACUCAGUUUAA